GCCGCUAACGGAAGUGGAGUUUUGCGUCGGAACAUCACGUUCCAGAGACUUCGCUCAGCCGCAACAACUCCACUGAGAUUCACGCUAACCUCGCCGACGGGACUGCCGUGUGUUGUCGUUUGAUUCGCCCAGGUUCUGUGUGGAGAGAGCCUGUGUGAGCCACAGUCAUGGUGUGCAUUCCCUGCAUUGUGAUUCCUGUCCUGCUGUGGGUCUACAAGAGGUUCCUGGAACCCAUAAUCUAUCCUGUCAUUUCCCCCUUCAUCAACGCCAUCUGGGGCAAUAAAGCUGUAACGAACACAAGUACUGAUCAGAAAGCCAGUGAAACAAGUAAUGGGACUCACAAGCUUGAAAGCAACGGUGAGGCGACUGCAAAUGGAGCGACUAUAGCAGCUGACAAGAAGGCCGACUGAGUGUUGUUUGUAAAGCAGAAAUGGCCGUGUAAAUAUUCCCAGCGUAUCGUUUAGAGAAAUCAGUCGUUGUCAAUGUUCUUCCAGUAAUCUGACUGUAAAGCUGCUUGAAGCUUGUUUUUAGCUUUUCAUUCAUCAUGUUAAGGUAGCUUCGCUGUUAUAUUUUCUGUUUUUUAAGUUUUUGUCUGAAUGAAACAGAUUUAGGCACUUUAAUGAAAGGAUGGAAGAAAGCCUUCAAAUAAAUGCUUAUUUAUUACAAACCUGACUUGCCACUUUAAGUACUUUAAUAUUCUGUUCAAGUUACAGCAAAGACAUCAAAGCUUAGAUUAUUUUAUAUAUAAAAUUAUUGUUCUUGUGAUGGUACUUGUAAAGCUGGCCUAAGAUUAAUCCUUUUUUUUUAACUGGUGUUUUGUUAAAGGAAAGGAAUGGUUGUAGUAGACUGACCAUUUUGAAAAUAUGUACAUCUUUUUAA